AUGGGGGCGAGCAAGAAUCAGAAGAGCAAGGAGAGUAAUCAGGUCAUCUUGCCCACGAAGGAGGACACCUUCUCAGAUAAGAACAAGGAGCAUAAUUUUUUCAUCACAGAUUCAGAGCCUUCAGGAGGAGACUUCUGGAGAGAUAUAGCAGGAGAACACACACAAGAAACCAAUUCACCUCAUUCGCUGAAGAAGGAUGUGGAAAACAUGGGGAAAGAGGAGCUCCAGAAGGUUUUGUUUGAGCAGAUCGACUUACGAAGGAGACUGGAACAGGAGUUCCAGGUGUUGAAAGGAAACGCGUCUUUCCCAGUCUUCAAUAAUUUUCAAGAUCAGAUGAAGCGGGAACUGGCGUACAGAGAAGAAAUGGUACAGCAGCUACAAAUUAUUCCCUAUGCAGCAAGUUUGAUCAGGAAAGAAAAGCUCGGUGCACACCUCAGCAAAAGCUAAAGAGGCACAAGAGUUUUUGCAGCUGUUACCUUAUAAGUUAUAACCCAGUCAGAAACCUGACUUGUAUAUAGACUGUGAAAUGGAAGUGUUUGGGGAUCUAAAUAACAAAAAAAAUCAGGUUCCUCUGAACCUAAGGACAAGUGACCUCAUAGUAUCAUGGACAACCAUGUCAAAUAGA